CGCACCGCACCGCCUGCAGCCUGCCCGCUGCCUGCCGCUGCCGCCCGGCGGUCCAGCCCCGCUCCCAGCCAUGCUGCUGCUCCUGCUGCUCCUUGAGGCCACCCUGCUGCAGCUGGCCGGCGGCUCCUACCACCCCUUCUACAACGGCUUCUACUACAACCACGUCAUGAACGACAAGGGCAACGGGCACGAGAAAGUGGCUUACUUCAACGGGGCAAAGCUGGUGGUGGAGACCCCCAGAGACCCCAUUUACAGCUCCAGCGGCUCCAACGUCACCCUGCCCUGCCACUACCGGUUCGAGCCCGACCAGGAGGGCAAGCGCAAGAUCCGCAUCAAGUGGUCCAAGCUGCGGGACGACUACACCAAGGAGCAGGACGUGCUGGUGGCCAUCGGCAAGACCUACAUAGCCUUCGGGGACUUCCGAGGCCGUGCCCACCUCCACCAGGGCGGCCGGCACGAGGCCUCGCUGGUCAUCAGCGACGUGCGCCUGCAGGACGAUGGCAAGUACCGCUGCGAGGUCAUCGACGGGCUGGAGGACGAGAGCGAUGUGGUGGACCUCCAGCUGCAAGGCAUCGUGUUCCCCUACCAGCCUCCCCGCGGGCAGUACCGCCUCAACUUCCACGAAGCCGAGCAAGCGUGCCAGGAGCAGGCUGCCAUCAUCGCCACCUUCAGCCAGCUCUUCCAGGCCUGGAGCGAGGGGCUGGACUGGUGCAAUGCGGGCUGGCUGGCCGACGGCACCGUGCAGUACCCCAUCCGCCUGCCCCGCAAGCCCUGCGGGGGGCUGCACCUCGCCCCGGGCAUCCGCAGCUACGGCCUGCGCCACCAACACCUGCAUCGCUUCGAUGUCUUCUGCUUCUCCUCCGCGCUCCGAGGAGAGAUUUUCUACCUGGAGCGCCCGGCUGGGCUGACGCUGGAGGAAGCCAAGCAGGCGUGCCAGGACGCGGGAGCUGAGAUCGCCAGGGUGGGACACCUCUACUCCGCCUGGAAGUUCCUGGGGCUGGACCGCUGCAACGCCGGCUGGCUGGCGGACGGCAGCGUCCGCUACCCCAUCGCCAAGCCCCGAGCCAACUGCGGCCCCCCCGAGCCCGGCGUCCGCAGCUUCGGCUUCCCCAGCAAGGGCAGGUUUGGGGUUUUCUGCUACAAGGAGAGAUAAGGAGCCGGGGGGGCUCCUUCUCGGCCAGAGGAUGCUUCCAGCCCGACGGUGCCUUGCACCCGGUGUUUCCCAAGGGCUGUUUUGGGGGGUGAUUGCGGGGGGAGGUGGGGCGGGGGGAGGCUUAUUUUGUUUGAUUUUUUUUGUUGUUGUUGUUCCUUCCUUUACAUUUUACACUUUCUCAAUGCAGCAGGGCUCCUGGCUGGGGCAUCUUGCUCCAUGUACAGCGUGGGGCUGCUGCUCGGGGCUGGGGCAGCCCCUUGCCCACGCCGGCCGCCCUGCUGUUCCCGGGCUGUUUCUGCCCCCUUGUCCCCUGCCACGUUUCUGCCCCCUUGUCCCCUGCCACCCCGGCUGUAGGGGACCAGAGGCACAGAGUGGGUGCCCCUGCUGCAGCCCUGUCCCCGUCCCGCUGCGGGAUGCUGCUGUGCCCGUCCCUGCGGGAGCCCCAGUGCCUUACCGCCGUGUGCCCCGCGCCCGGACUCUGUGUGAACUCUGGUGCCUUCUUCUUGGAGCGUUUUGUUACGAAAAGAUGUAUUUUCCUGGAGCUCUUCUAAUAAACGAGGGAGAAAGCCCCGG